UCUGCCACCCCGCGGAAAGAAAGAGAAAAAAUAUAUAUAUAAGUUUGGAGCGAAGAGCUAGACUCCGGUGCAACUUGGAAAAGUUUGGAUUUCUCUUUCUCCCUCUCUUCUACCGUGUGUGCGUGCGUGUGUGUGUGUGUGUGUGUGUGAAGGUAUUUCAACGGGGGAGGACCAGAAGUUAAGCUUCGCAAGGCGGAAGGCAGCGAUGCAAGCUCGCUACUCGGUGUCGAGUCCCAACUCUUUGGGAGUUGUACCUUACAUCAGCGAUCAGAAUUACUACCGAGCGGGUCCGGGAUACACGGGAAUGCCGGCCCCAAUGAGUAUGUAUUCGCAUCCAGCCCACGAACAGUACGCCACCGGCAUGCCUCGACCUUACGGACACUAUACUCCCCAGCCCCAGCCCAAGGACAUGGUGAAACCUCCGUACAGUUACAUCGCGCUGAUUACUAUGGCCAUCCAGAACGCGCCGGACAAGAAGAUCACUCUGAACGGGAUCUAUCAGUUUAUUAUGGAGCGGUUCCCACUUCUACCGGAGAACAAGCAAGGCUGGCAGAACAGCAUCCGCCACAACCUCUCGCUCAACGAAUGCUUCGUCAAAGUGCCUCGCGAUGACAAGAAGCCGGGCAAAGGGAGCUACUGGACUCUGGAUCCGGACUCCUACAACAUGUUCGAGAACGGCAGCUUCUUGAGGAGGAGGAGGCGCUUCAAGAAAAAGGACGCCAUCCGGGAGAAGGAGGAGAAGGAUCGGCAAAGCAAGGAGCCGCAGCCCAGGCAGCAGGCUCAGGAGCCCGAGAAAGCCGCCAACUCCCAGCCCAUGAGGGUGCAGGAAAUUAAGACGGAGAACGGCGACCCGUCCCCUCCCCUGGCCGCUUCCCCCACCCUCAGCAUGGUGCCGAAGAUCGAGAGCCCCGACAGCAGCAGCCUGUCCAGCGGCAGCCCCCACAGCAUCCCGUCCAACAGGUCGAUGAGCCUGGACAACCCCGAGCACCACACGCAGGCCUUCAGCGUGGAGAACAUGGUCACUUCUGUCAGGCGCUCGCCGCACAGCGCCGGCGAGCUCAGUGCAAGUCUGGUCGCUUCUUCCAGGACAGGUAUAAGCCCUUCUAUAUCCCUCAGUUACACGUCCAGCCAGCCGUCCAUCUACAGCUCUUCGUGCAGCCAGAACAUGAGCUCCGGGGCCAGCGGCGGCGGUUGCGCCGCCACCUACCACUGCAAUAUGCAGGCGAUGAGCCUCUACUCCGGGGACAGAGCCGCUCACAUGCCGGCCAGCGUCAGCGCCGUGGACGAGACUUUACCAGACUAUUCCAUACCCACCACCACCGUCCCUUCCUCCUUAACCCACGGGCUGAGCAACGGCCAGGAGGGACCUGGAGCUGGGCGCCUGGCCACUUGGUACCUCAAUCAGGCCAGUGAUCUCAGUCAUCUGGCUGGCAGCGCGUACCCGGGCCAGCAGCAGAACUUCCAUGCGGUCCGAGAAAUGUUUGAAUCGCAGAGGAUCGGCCUGAGCAACUCCGCCGUCAGUUCCGCACAUGUCAAUGGGAAUAGCAGCUGCCAGAUGUCCUUUCCUGCGGCCCAGACACUUUAUCGCACUUCAGGUUCGUUUAUCCAUGACUGCAGCAAAUACUGACAGAAACGUUUACAAACUAUUUUAUUUUUUGUUUCUUUAAUACACAAGCAACAACAGCCUGGGUUUAUAUAUCUAUUUCAUAUAUGUAUAUAAACAGAAAACAAAUUCCAUUUGAAAUUUGAGUAAAAGGAAAGUGUUACUCCAAAUGAAACGUAAGUUACUUUUAUUUUGGGGGAUAAACGUUGUUUAAAAUAUUAAAAAAUGUGUGUGUCAAAUUUAUUAAAAUUCAUAGCAAGCUUACUUGAACUUGUUAUAAAUUGUCUUAUAGUAAUUUAUUUUAAUUUGUAGUAGGAUAUUCCUUUGGAAACAUGGACCAAAGUCCCCGAAGUGUUCUCGUGAACUCGAAAGGCUCCCUCAAAUGUUUUGUUUUCUUGAUGUUACACUUUCCAUUAUAAAAAGGGAAACUGUAUUACGCGAUUUUCUUCUUUCUCCUUUUAUUGAAAGUAUUCUGAAGGCGUUGCAUUGUUUGUUUAUAAAUAAAUUACGAUUCGAUGCGAGUGCUAACAUGU